CAGCUGCUUUUAUUGUUCAACACAUUAACUUUUAGUACGCAUAGCCAGAAGGCUGGUCAAUAAUUUGCAAGUAAUUUUCUAAGUUCCUUAAACUUUCAGUUGAGCUGCUAAAAAUCGCACCAAAUUAUUAGUAAUGCGCUUGAGCAACAUUCUCUUGUAGUCAGAUUGGGCCUAUGGAUUGGGCGUUUUUAAAGGAAACAACUUGUGUUCGACUGGCUUCUUUGCGUGGAUUCUCUUAAACGUUUUCUCAGGUUCUUAUAUUGGCUACAGAUGGGAAGGUGGCCAGUGACGGAACAUCUAAGAAGCACAUUUUUUUAUAUUAUUUUACUUUGCUUGAUUUAAUAUGUAUUUGAUCAACAUGUCAUCCUGUAGAGUGAAAAUGCAUAUCAUUUGUCGGUAGAACCAAUCACAAGAUCAAGUAUAGGAACAUCUUCAAGUAAUGUGAACAUUUUGAAUGAAAAUCCGGUCAACCUUGAAGUUUUUUUUUAUAGAUUUUUAUUUGUGUAUCCAACAUCGAUUUCACCUUGUAGAGUAUCAGUAAGCUAUGCAGUUUAAGUGAUUAAAUAUUUACUUUUUCGCGGUCUAUUUGAGAAGGCAGUAUUUUUAGAAAAUCUAAUGUUUAAGGUGGUUUGUUUUUAGAAAAUAAGAGCAUUAGUGAAAAGAGGAAUUUUUUAUUUAAAUUUUUUCUGCGUCCAGUAAUAAAAGAUGUAGUGGUGGUGUUAAUGUGGGGGUGAAGGCAAACAUGAUAGGGCGGGGGCAGAGCUCGCCCAUGGAGCUCGGUUAGCGUGGCGUGCCCCUGCCCGGCCGCCCGGCACCCCCUCCGAACAGAGCCCUCAGGCUCGCAGAUGGAGCUGGACCAACGAGACUGCUUUCAUCGGCCUAAGGCCUUUGACAAGAUGGAAGAACUAUUGCAUGCAAUUGAGGCAUCAGGGGGUGUGCCAGUGGGGUGGCAAAAAUCGUUUUUGACCUCUGUACCGAAGUCGUUUGCUGGUUCCGAUUUGGUAGAGUGGUUGAUCGUACAUCUAGACACAGAUGAAAUGCCUGCGUUUUCCGAAUCCAUGCAUAUUGCGAAUCAAUUAUGUCAAUAUGGUUAUUUGUACCCAAUAAGUGACUCUAAAAACCUGCUCUUCAAAGAGGAAAACGCUAUCUAUAGAUUUCAGUCCCCUUCGUUCUGGCCAUGGAGUAGUAAAACACCAGAUAACAUAGAGUAUGCGAUUUAUCUCCUUAAACGAUCGCUUCGCAACAAACAAAAACACGGCCUAGAAGACUAUGAACUAGAAGCAAUGGCAAGUUUAAGGAGGAAUUUAAGCAAUAAAUGGGACUUAAUAACUAACCAGGCACAAGAGCAGGUAAAUCAGCUUCAGUAUAUGACAAAAAACGAUAAGUUGGUCAGCGACGCUGACGAAAAAGCUUUUUGGCGAAUAUACCGUCCUCCUCCCGGAUUCUUCACCGCUCUUGAACAAGUUCCAGUUCCUACCAGAUGUUGGAAUGGAAUGAGACCACGUAAGAAGACUAUAGACGACUAUAGAAGAGAGACUGAGCUUCUUAAAACCAGGCUUUCUAGGACCAGAGUGAAAGCAUCGCAGGCUCUUGAAAGCCUAAUCAACCAAAUUGACACAUACAGCGAAUACGACUGUCUUUUGAGUUCACCUCCGUCCGGAAAUCCCUGGGUAAAUGAUGAUAUUACGUACUGGACACUCAACGCUCCUUUAGUGGAAAUUCCAACUGAAAAGCGUGUAAGAAAAUGGGCUCUGUCUAUGGAGGAUCUUCUAUCAGAUCCUACAGGAGUUCAGGAAUUUACUCAGUACUUACGGAAAGAAAAGAGCGAAGAAAAUAUUCUGUUUUGUCUGGCAGUAAUUGAGCUGCGACGCUCUGCACAGUCACAAGUUUUGCCGAAAAUUAGAGACAUCUUUGAUAACUACUUAAAGCAUGGUUCGCCUUGCGAAGUAAACAUUGACUGUCAGACCAUGGAGCGAGUUCAGGAGGGAAUGAAACUAAAUAGUCGCUUCUGUUUCGAUGCCGCCCAAGAGCAUGUCUACAACCUUCUGCUCAAAAAAGAUUGCUACCCACGAUUCAUUCGCUCAGAAUACUAUAAGACCUUGUUGGCAAAUGGCGUUCAAACUUUACAGAAAAGAAGAUUUUUCGGAUUUGGACCAGCAAAAAAGAAAGCUUCCGUACCUGCACAAACCAACCCAGUUCAACCGUCACAAAUAACUGGGUGUGUUGGCGCACUAUCAAAGAGGCGCGGUAGCGACCGCAGCUUAACCGGUUCAGCGCAUGAAAUUUCUCAUUUUGGUGUUAGCAGCAGCACUCAAACCAGCGUUAUUAGGGAUACCAAAGUAUCCCAUUCCCACUCACAAACUAAUUUAAGUGAUAUUCCCUACAGGGGGGACCUAGACCUGAACAAAACCAGCCUCGCAGUCACUUCCAGCCCAAUAAAGAAAUCGAGUGCACUGCCAGGCGUGUCGACAGCCGCUGAAGAAGUUUGCCCAUGGGACACGCCUGCUACUCCCCCCCGAACGCCCAUUAGUAACCGAAAGAAUUCUGCUACUCAUAUCGACUCAGAAAGUUCCUCAUCGGACGUUAGCGUGGGCGUGGCCGAAAUUGUUGAUAAGAUUCAAUGCAGCAGUUCACUCACACAGCAACACACUCUGGAUUGCGGCAAAAAAUUGCAUGUGGAUAGUUCAGAGGCGCCGCGACGAGCGUCAGUGUCGGUGCCUUUGACGCAUAGCACGUCGGGAAUGGAAGGCACUCGGCGGAAAGUGUCCUCUUUUGAAGACAAUUGUUCCUCGAUUUUUGUAAUUGCUAGUGAGAAAGACAAUAAGCCUAAAGACAAUAUCAGUAUUAGUAGCACCAAGGUAUUGCAGAAGAGUUACAGUGUAGCAAAAACUCCCUCAAUAUCUUGUGUCGCCCCAAUUAUCAGUGUGAGUUCCGUGAAAGACGAGAUGAUUAUUACUUCAUGUGAGCAACAGUCAUUGAAUGAACAAGUUACUGCAGGGCAGCAUCCAACCUCGUUAGAUAUAACUGUUUGCGAUUCGCCAAGUCAAAGCCAUUCCGAGCCAGUUUCGCCGCCGAUUAUUGACAAGCCAAAAGCGCCCUUAGCCGAACCAGACUGUGAGUCACCUGGAAGCGAAUUGCAGCCGUCGGAAGUAAUCGCUCACGCCGACUCAUCAUCAAGCGAAGUUCGAACUGGUAGCAAGCAUGAAGUAGAAGUGGAUGAAACAAAAAAUACAGACGUAUGUCCGUGGGAAGACGAGGAAAAUUGCAGACUUGAUAGUCCUUUUGUCAAGAAGUAUGCCACAUUAGGCUACCUCUAGCCAUACCGAGAAGUCCGCGAAUGUCUAUUUUAGUCUUUACGUUGAUGUAAGUAUAUAGGUCUAGUCUUACUGAUAAAACCGGUGGCUUGAUAAGUUAAUAUGAGGAUUUACGGAUAAGAUACAUACAAAAAAUAAUGGUACUCACUAUCAUUCAUCUCAAAUAAAUGUUAGCAUUUGGUCUGCAAUACGAGAGUUAAUAAAUGUUUAAUUUAAAUUGUUAAUUAUAUGUACCUACUUAAUGCCUUAUUCACAAAAUACAUGUAAUGUGCGGAAAGUGAGAUUUAUGGUGGGUUUUUAAUUUCGGAAAGUAACGUUUGCUUGGUAUUGCUCAAAUUUGUACCCGCAAUUAUAAAAUAAGAUCAAGCUAUCAUGAAAUCACACAAAAGAAGAUAAUCAUAGUUAUUAUUUCUAUGAUGUGUUUAAAAAAACUCUCAAGUUACUCUUGACCAUUGCCAUGUAUCAGAAAAACGACGUUUUACCUAGCAUCAGAUAUAACUGAAUGAGCCCUAGAUAUGUCUGAUGUUGCCCAAAGCCAUUUUCUGCUACAUAAGUUAUAAUAUUAAUCUAACAAUUUACACUGUUUUCAAUAGUUUAAUAGCCUAAUAUUAAAUAUUUACCGUUAUAUGUAGUAAGCCCUAGUAAGUAACGUAAACAUGUUGUUAUUGGUAGUGACAUAAAUUUAAAAAAGACUAACGGAUUGCGAUUAAGAUGGUGCAGAGCGAUCCAGAAGUCUACAAAAAAAUAUAAAUGUAUGUAACAAACGAGCUUGAUAAAUUAAUAACAGGUAUCUACCAGGUAAAAUAGAUGUUGAAAAAUUUUGUGUAGCUCGUGUUAUAUGUUUUGAUGGCUUUCACUGUCUAUGUAUUUUAUUAAUAAGUUAUUACGUAAGAAAAUUCUAUUUGGGAAUGCCAAAAGACUAAUCUAGGCGAAGUUUUUUACUACACGUAUGUCAGAACUGAAAAUUUACAUGUAUAUUGUAAAGAUUGUCUUUUCUGAAGGAACUUUGGGCUAUUUUUAGUGUAAACGGAUCAAUGCAUUUUUAGGUACUGCAGACAGUUGAUUGAAACAUAUUCAUUAUGAUUUAAAGGCCCCCUUAAAAAUAUCUUAAACUUUUAUGUACAAGGAUAUAAAUAGCAAAAUUCAAUUCAAUUGAGUAGUUUUCAGAUGCUAGAUAAAAACUACAUGCAUAAAAAAACUGCAAAGUUUCUUUUCAUAUUCAAAAAAUGCCCGGGAUAUGGAGUAAAUAUGUGCGAGACAUUUUGUAUUUGAUCCUAAAUCGUAUAAUUAAUAUAUUGUAAACUUAAAAAUUGUAACAUGUUAGAGUAAGUUGAGAGAUUUUUUCUAUUGGAUAAAACUUACAUUUAAGUGUGUCAGGGCGCAAUUUUUUGACAAUACCAAGCAAAUAUUACCAAAUUGUCACGUCAUUAUGUUUUCAAGAAAAUGUUUUAAACAUAGUGCCAUAUUCUUCUUUCACGUUGUACAGUAACAUGCCGUGUUCGUGAUACAAAUUAGAACCAUUUUAGAUCACAACACGCGUAGUCAUCCGGUUUAGCAAUAUAAGAGCACACAAAUUAUUCGUACAUGACGUUUUAAUAAGUGUAUCAGGUUAUUGACUGAAAUAGACUGAACAGGCUGGCAGGCAGGAUGGACAAAACGCUUAAUUAUUUUAUCCAUAGGCUUUGGACGAUUGCUAUUUAUUUUUUAUCAAUGCAACCAAUUGAACUGAUUGGAAAAAUGUUUCUGUUUACUAGUGACCCAAUACUCACUUCAUAUGCUUAAUAGUGGCCAGACGUGAUGCUGUCUUAUACUUCCUUAUAUAAUGUUUUUCCAUUAAUUUUGACAUAAAAUAUAAACUGUUGAAAACCAUUUAAUAGGUACGUGAACUAUUCAAAUGAAGAUAAACGAGUACUUGACAAUUAGUUAAAAUGAAUGGAAAAAAUCAAACUAAUAAUUUAUCAAGUUCCGAACUUGUAUCUAGUAAAUCCAGUGUUUUUAUUGGCUUUGACUUUGCAAUUGGCAUUAAAUCAUAAUAUCCAAAUAGGCCGAGUACCAGACUUAGUUAGUCGUCUUAAACGACUUUCUGGUAUCUAAGCUUACAAGCCCGAAAAGCAGAUCAUUUUGAAAUGGCGAAGUUAAUGGCGAAUGUAUGAUCAAUAGUUAUUAUUAUACUUGGAUGUUAUAAUUGCAUUAGAAAUGUACAUAGUUUUAUAAUGUUAUAAUGAUAGUGGUAAUUUAUAAUUACUAUACUGUUAAACCAUUUGUUCAGAAUUUUAUUUACUGGAAAUGUUAAAUAAAUUGGUAGAUUGUAAAAUAAAAUGUUCAAUGGU